AUGGUGAGCAGGUUGUGUCAUGCUGGCUGCCUGACAUGCUCAGCGUUAAACGGCUGCCUGUCCUGUAAGCCCCGCCUCUUCCUCCACUUGGGUCGUGAUGGGAUGCGGGAGAGGGGGACCUGUCUGCUAUCCUGCCCCAGAGGUCACUAUGGGACACGCUCCCCACAUGUCAACACCUGCACUAGUGAGUCGUGAUGGAUGAACAACACUGACACUGUUAUGGAGCGUUGUGAUAAUGUAAUACAUAGUGUAAUGCCCUGAGCAUGUAUCCACUCUAACCACGGUCCCUGUCUGUGUCUCAGAGUGCAGGGAGGACUGUGUUUCCUGCUUCAACAGGAACUUCUGCACUCACUGUCGCCAGGGCCACUACCUGUACAGAGGGAGGUGUGAGGACAGCUGCCCCGAGGGCCUGACCCAAAACGCUGCACUAAGAGAGUGCAAUGGUGAGUCUAUUACACUACAGCUGAACAGUGAUCUUCCUCCAUAGUCAUAAUGUGUUCAAAGUCUGGCUAAAACUGAUAAGAUCCAGUAUUGGUCGGCCAAGAAUCUGGGCUUGGAACAUCAAAAUCACACAUUGUGGAAGAAGACAGAUAUAAAGUACAUAUUUACAGAAGGGAGAAAGAUCAAUAUAGAAAUGUGUCUCUAACCUCUAUGUCCCUCCGUCCCAGAUUGUCCAGUGGGCUGUGAGGUGUGUGUGACGAGGAACACCUGCACCAGGUGUAGAGCAGGACAGUACCUCCUGCAUGGCCAGUGCCAUCAUACCUGCCCAGUGGGGUUUGAGCCUGAUGGACAGCUCAUGGACUGCAUUUCUCAAGGUUAGUGACUCUCUGUCCUUCCCCAUCUCUGUACAUGAGCCAUCCCAAUAGAUAAUUGAUCGAUCACUCUACAAUGCAAAUUUGAGUGUAUAUUUUGUGUAUCUUUCUACUCUACAAUGUCAUGCCUCCCCAUCUCUCUCUCAGUACACUGUACAGUGGGAGAAUGGGUUGACUGGGGCCCCUGCUUUCGGAGAGGGAGGACCCGGGGCUACAAGAAGUUUGAGGAGGUACAAAGACGAGAGGUCCUACGGCACCCCACCCUGUAUGGCGACCCCUGCCCCGACGUCAAAGAGUGGAGGAAAUGUGUCAUCAAAAGGAGACCGAGUCCAGGUAUACUGGUGAUCAAAGUGAAAUGUUUGACUUAUUUCAGUUUUCCCACAUAUCUUACAUUGUCCUCUCCCCUUCUACAGGAAGAUCAGAUGGCAAAGGCAUUAGGCCAACAGAACAUUGAUGCAAGAUCAUAGACGGGAGCAAAAUAAUAGCAAGUGGCAGAUGUGAUCAAAAACAGGAUAGAUGGACAGGAGGAGGACUGGAUUGACUGGGUUGAAAGAGAGACCUCCAUUGCCUGGACCUCAGUCGUGCCUGUAGUCAGGAACAGUGUGCAACAAUUUAUUCCUCUAUGUUUGUGACCAGCUGUUGACCUGCCUUGGUUGAGAGACCUUGGAGUAGAUAACAUUAUCUGUUCUAGAAUUUCGGGUUCAACAUUUUGGGUUCAUUACAUGUCACCCACACGAUCCAUUCCAGAAAAAGGUCACUAAAUUGAUAUGAACUGAAUUGAGCAGUGUUUAAAAAGCUAAAUGUGUUAUUCAAAAUAGUUUUUUUUUGUUUCAAUCAUCAUGAUGGUGGAUAGCCCACUUGUUCUACACGUGUAGCAUUUCUCUGUAUAUCAAGUCAAAUUGAAACUAUUGAUGCCUUUUCAUGAUUGAAAUCAUUGUUACAGGCCUACAUAAAAGGUUUGUGUAGGAGAUUGUAUAGUCAAUUACAGUAUAUUGUCUUCACAAAUAUGACUGAAUUAAAAAAUGUACCAAAAAACAUUGUUUUUAAGUGGAAAGCCUACUCCAAAUAUGUCUAUAGCUAGCUAAAUAUAACAAAUUAUAUUCAAUAUUUACUGUACAUUUUCUACUACAUUAAGGCGGCAGGUAGCCUAUCGUUUGGGGGAUUUGAAUCCCAAAGCCGACAAAGUGAAAAAUCUGUUGAUGUGCCCUAGCCCUCGAUCAUGACUCUCAGUUCCAUUCCAUUACACAUAAGGGUCAUUGGACGAAAGCGGGUUCUGUAGGGGGAGUUUUGUUAAGAUCCCAGAUGCUCCAUCUGAACAGUAACACGCGUCGCUUGCAGUACGGUCUUGGAAGCAUAAGGACCUUAUCCUUCAUAUCAGUAAAAAAAAAAGUUACAUUGAUACACACAUUGAUAGGGUUAGUGUUCCCACAUGGCCAUGUCUCCAUGUUACAGCGCUUGUUUGUGGAAAACAGACGGAAGAAAAUAGUCAACCACCUGUGCUAAUUAGCUAUCUAGUAUGCUCCGAACACCCGUGUGUAAUAUAAGUGCGCAACUUGGGAAAUUUAGCGGAAGUGUAGUUUUAUCGGAUGAAGGCACCCAUAGCUGUAUGGAUCUCUACUAAACUGCUACAGUAAUUGUAUCUUUUUUAUUUGAAGGAUUCUUUCUCGCUGAUGAAUGAUAAGGGUCAUAUGUUUCAAAAGCCGGAUUGCAAGCGAUGAAAACGUUAAAACACAGUGUCGGGAUUGUAGUUCACAUGAGGCUGUUGUGGGCGAAGCUAAUGGCUGAGAACUGUAAGGAGAAGGCAGAAUGCCGCCUAGAGUUUUCUAUAGCUAGAUGUACCCUUGAGCAAGGCACUUAAACUUGAUUGCUCCAUGGUCGCAUCUGAUAAUAGCUGACCUUGGCUAUGACCCCACUCUCCGAGGGUGUCUCAGGGGGAGUUGGGAUAUGCAAAAAACACAUUUCCAUUUCACACAUGGUAUAAUAGCCUACACACUUGUACAUGUGUGAAACAGGACAAAUAUAAGCACCCACAUGUCAUACUUAAGUAAUAAUACAUGAGGCCAUGUAUUAUUACAUUUUUAUCAUGGCUGUGAUGUGGUCAUAGCCACGAGGCGAAGCUGACAAAUAUAAGCACCCAUAUGUUAUACUAUAUGAUCUCCCUCCUCCGACGCUUGAGGUGGCAGGCAGACCAUGUAGCAACGUCAUCCCGUUACGUGUAUGAAUACACGGAAGGAGGAGGAACGUCAGUUUUUUUGCUUUGUUUUGGUGGCAGAUAUUUUAGUAAUUAGCUAGCUAGCGUUUAUAGGUCGAGAACAAUCAAUAUUUGCGAAUUAUCUAAAAACACCACUGAGCGAAGGUCAAACGCUAUUCAUGACAGGUGAGUGAGGAGGAAAUUCGCUCGAGGGAGAAGACAGUCAAGGGGUGUGUCACUGACAACUGUCCUCCGAAGCUAACAGUAUUGAAAGCAAAGCUUGUCAACAAGAAAUGGCUACUGGACAGUAGCUAGCUAGAUUGAUGGCGAUAUCAUACUAUUGAUGUGUCUAUUUAGUAGGUAGCUACCUAGCUAUGUUCUUUAUGGUAGUUUUCCUGUUCAUGGAUUCCUGUUCUCUUUAGAUUAGCAAGAUGACUAACGUUAUAGCAACAUACCGCCUCUUAUAGCUAACCAGUGUUUUUAUCUCUCUGGGAAAGGUGGGAUUAAAUUGACUCGUGAGUCCUGUCUGUUUUCAACAAUAUUUUUUCCAUAGAGAGGAACUUUGAGAGAAUACAGAAUUGACCCUGAUGUCAUCCCAGUAACUGCACUUGAGACAGGAAGUCACUCAUUUAUUUUCCAUCAUAGUAAUUAGGGCAAUAUGAUUCUAGCCAGCUAAAUCUUCUGAAAUUCGCAUUUAGAUAUUUAGUUGUAUUGCUAAUUUAAUCUCUCGUGACAGCUUUUAUGUGAGCUUGUUCUACUGGGAGCUGAGAUUAUUGCUUAAAAUUAGUCUGCAGGACUGUCUGUCUUUUUCUUUGUCUCAGCAUUAGCUGAACUAGCUGUGUCUCCCCACUCAGCAUGGCGAGCUGUGGUGAGGUGGACCACACUGUGGACACUAUGUCCUCCUCUAAGGUGGAAGACAGAGGGGACGCCUGUACUGGUGACUCCCCCACCUCCCCUAACCCUUCGGCCAACCCCUUGCCGGAGUGUGCCAUCUGCCUCCAGACCUGUGUCCACCCGGUUCGCUUGCCCUGCCGCCACGUCUUCUGCUUCCUGUGCGUUAAAGGAGCCUCCUGGCACAGCAAGCGCUGCGCUCUCUGCAGACAGGAAGUACCUGAGGACUUCCUGGAGCAUCCCACCCUGCUGUCCCCAGAGGAGCUGAAGGCAGCAGCAGCAGGGAGACGAGGAGGAGCCGGGCCGAGGAGCGCUGGGGGAGACAAUGCCUGGUACUACGAGGGGAGGAAUGGAUGGUGGCAGUAUGACGAGAGGACCAGCCGCGAGCUGGAGGACGCCUUCGCCAAGGGCAGGAAGCGCGCCGAGAUGCUGAUUGCUGGCUUCCUGUAUGUGGCUGACCUGGAGAACAUGGUGCAGUACCGCCGCAACGAGCACGGUCGCCGCCGCUGCAUGAAGCGUGACGUGGUGGAUAUUCCCAAAAAGGGUGUGGCCGGUCUCAGACUGGACCCUGACCCCACCCCACCAGUUGUUGCCAUGGCAGCUGUUCCGGUCACAACGGCGACAGUGGAGCGGACAUGCUCCGCUGACGGGGAGGAUGUGACUGGACAGUCGCAGGCGGGGGGCUCAGGGGUUCUCAUCCCAGCUCCUCCUGUCAGACCCCCUACAGUCCUGGGGGCCCACCCUGCCACCCCAGCCUCCAUCUCCCUUGAAGACGCUCUGUCCCAGCUCCUCAUCAGACAACCAGAGGGGGAGGGAGAGAAGGAGGAUGAAGAGGAGGUAGCUUCAAGCAUGAGCCAGGCAUACGAGUCAGCAUCUGGUAGCAGUGAGGAUGAGGGUGGUGGUGAUGAGGUAGGCCGGGGGUGGGACAGGGACAGGGAGAGGGAGGGGGGGGGACGAGAGGUAGGGGCUCGACGGAGGACCAGAUAUAGACUCCUAACGCGGUGGCUCAGGGAUGUCCAGCCUGACAGACUGCCACCUGGUGGUGGGUCCUCCAGCGGAGUCCUUACUGUGCGCUCACGCAGCCCUGACGGUCAGUGCACUGUCACUGAGGUGUGACCACAACUGGACCACUGUCUCUGCACUCAACCGGCUCAGCAAAAAAAAACAUUCACUUCAUGCCCAUGGUGGUAAUGAAGAACCCAAGGGAAGAUAGCAGAUCAGCCAUUUGCAUUACAUAUACAGUUGAGUCAGCCACAAAGGCUAAUCAAUAAUUUAUAAUAAUACGUCAGCCAGCAAGAUUAUGCAAAAUUGUACACAAUCAAAUAGCCCAUACAUACUGCUCUACUGUCUGCCACUGUAACCUUUUGAUGCCAUGUUAUUAUGGCUAACCAUACAUUGGCACUAAAUAUUUGAAGAGAAAUUGUGAAAUGAUAAAGGUUUGAGAUUUGGAGGGGACUUAACCUUUUAAAUGUAGCAUCCCAUCUCUAACCGGAGGCAAAAAGUAAUUAUUUUGUUUUGUCGGUACAUUGCUUUUUGCUGUAAGAAAUGUAUUUUCUAAUUUCCAUUGAGAGAGUGUGUGUGUGUGUGUGUGUGUAUUGAGGUCAUAUUUCAUCUUAAUAUAUAAAAAAAAUAUGUUUCUUAAUGUGUUGUGAGUGAAAGGUGAUGAGAGCCUACUGGUAGAGAAAGGUCUUGGGUGUAGAGACCAGUGUGGAUUUAUAUUUGUUGUUCCAGUAUUCUAUGAAAACAGUGUGGAUGGGAUAUUAUUCUAACUCUUCUGUCAACUUCUUAUUGUCACGUAUUUGUCAAAGUAUUUUUGACUUAUUUAACAUAUGUGUGUGGUCUUUUUUGUUUAACUGUGUUGUUUUGUCAAAACAAUAAAGUGUUUGUCUAUUUGACCUUAAUUGAAAAGUAAUGAGUUCAAUUGUAUGGGUAACUUAAAGGGAAUAUGACAAUUAUUGGAAGGGCAUAGCUAUUACGUGUGCAUAUGGCUUUGGGAGAUACAGUACAUUGCAUUGUGAAUCAGCGUUGUGACUAAGCAUUGUGAAUUUAGACCCACAAGGUUUUUUUAUAAUCAUGUUUUGACCAGGCAGGUAAAUUAAGAACAAAUUCUUACAUCAGCUAAGUACAUUUAAGUCAUUUAACAGACGCUCUUAUCCAGAGCGACUUACAAAUUGGUGCAUUCAACUUAGGAUCGCCAGUGGGACAACCACUCCCUUUUUAUUUGAUUUUUUUAUAAGGGAGGGGGGGCUAGAAGGAUUACUGUUAUACUAUUCCAGGUAUUCCUUAAAGAGGUAGGGUUUCAAGUGUCUCCGGAAGGUGGUCAGUGACUCCGCUGUCCUGGCGUCGUGGGGGUGUUGUUCCACCAUUGGGGUGCCAGUAGGUGGAAGUGAUGGGAAAUGCUGUAUCAAGAGACUUCCUCAUUCAGAUGAAAGAUGACGUGACAAAAUUGAGCGGAAGAUGUUGAGAGAAAUGGAUGGAAAAAUAUGGUUAACACUGUGGUUACUUAGAGGCAUGAGACAAACUCAAUGACUUGUCUUUUCAUCAACUAUAAAUCAGAAACUUUUGCAUGACAGACACCAUUUGUCUGGAUUGAAACAUGGGGGUUAUUAUAUUCCUCCUGCUUCUGGCCAUACAGAAUGACUAAGCAGCAGGACAGUGUGGGUGAGUGAGGGAAUGGUUUUACAAACUGAAACUGAUUGGAUGCAAAUCGUGCAGAUGUUUCCCUGGAUUCACUUGGUGUGUGGAUAUUGAUGAGUGUGUGGAUAAGCCGGCCAUCUGUGGGGUCCAUUUGGCUUGCCCCAACACCUAUGCUGUCUACCGCUGUGAAUGUCAACCUGGGUUCAUAGCAGAGAAGAGUACAUCAGGACGAUGUGUGGACCUAGACAUGUGUAAGAAGUUGUUCUGAGGAGAGAGGGGGACCUGUCAAUCUGGAGGGCACCUACCAUGCCAGUGCCCCCUGGGUUCAAUAACUAUGGUAAGAAACAAAAUGGGUGUACAGAGCUGAAUUGUGAGCUGCAUGGACCACAGCAGGCUACAGCUGGACAGGCUCUGCCAGGCUUUGGCAGUCUUAUCUCUGUUGAGACGGAACUGUUUGAGUAAGUCUGGAGCAAUGGGAGCUGACUAGAGAAGUGAUUUUAGAAGAAGUAUGUUAGCCUCCCUGAGCUAUAUCAGAGAACACACAAAAACACACAUCACCCUGCCUCUGUUGUCUAUCUUCUCUCUAAAGGGACUGGUCAACGGCACCACUGAUGUUCUUCAAUUCUGCCUCCAGUCCGACGAUCACUGUGGUAACAGCAGUGAAGUGACCAGCCUACAGAGGUCAGUUGAAAACGCAAUUCGACUGAUCGCCCCUCAGCUGAGAAACACCACAAUCAGGAUCAACCGCACAGAGGUGGAGCUUGUUGUCAGAUGGGACCGGACUCCACUCAGUGGACCGGUCAGCCUGACCAAUGAAAACGCCCAACUGGACACCACCUGA